GUCGCCAUUGCUACGUCCAUAUUAUCUCGUAUUCAAUAGGACUUUCAUAGCCAUUUCAUAUAUUGCUGACUUUUUAAUUAUUGUGUUUCGUGGACAAUUUGGACACAGUGAAGUGUAACUGAUGUGAUUUUAUAUUGUUAUCGUCUUGAGAAUAACUUUAAUAAGUUGUCAAUAUUCUUGAAAUCGCGGCCAAUGUCAGCAGGCGUGUCAGAUCAGCGGAUGAAAGGACAAGGGAACCAAGUGACAAAUGUACCUAAAGAGCAACAGUUAGAAAGUGGUGGUGACGAGCUAGCGGAGGUGUCAUGGCGUCACCAGCAGCAACCCUCGUAUGCUCCACCCAUCUCAUCAGCAGCCGAUCCCUACAGCGCGGCAGGUUAUUAUGGUACAACAGCUCUUCCUUACCAAGCUUUUGGAGUUGGGGAUGGUACAUGGUCCACCAAUGGAACCGACCCAAUGACAUUCCUCGGGGGAUACAAUCCUCACGAUUCUUAUGGAAUGGAUGGUAGUGUUUUUGGACCAUCAACAACACCCUUCUCAACAGCUGCAUUCGGGCAGCCAGCUUCAACUUUUAAUUACUUUCAUGGAAAUGGUGAUUACUCAACUUGGGGUCAAUUAGGUCGUGCAAAACAGUACGAUGAUUACUACAGGGCUGACGGUUUGUACGUUCCAGACGGCAUUAAGGCUGUCGACAGCGGCGUUCAGGCUCUUUCGCUCGGGGAACAUAAAACCGAUAAAGAGCGCAUCUCCGAGCUCAAAGACGUAUCGAGUGGAUCGCAACCCAAAAAGAUGACAUGGGCUUCCAUCGCCAGCCAACCGGCGAAACCGGCACCGACAUCCCAAACGGUAGGGUUGAAAAAGAAAGGCCCGGGAAUGCCCCCGCCGCCGAUAGUGCCCGGGAAACACAACAUGGACAUCAGUACGUGGGAUGCCGGUAAGAGUGCUCCGGUCGUCACCGCUCCACCGCCGCCGCCACUCCAACCACCGCCAGUACCGGCGCCGCUGCCGAUGCCGCCGACACCGGCUCCGGCCCAGCCUCCGGCGCCCGCACCUGCUUCUCUGCAAAGGGGUCCUCCGCCGCAGCACCAGCCGCCCCCGCCGGCCUGGGCGCACGCCCCCCGCGCUCCGCCGCCGCAUCAGCCGCGUCCGCCUCUACCUACGCCAUCCAUACCACCACCGCAGGUCGUCACAAACCCUGCACCUACCCCUCAUCCCGUACUCGAUGAGCUCCGCGUAAAAAAUGAUUACAAUCCCAAGGAGUUUGACUUAAGUGCACCCUUAGCACGAUUCUUUGUUAUCAAAUCUUACUCUGAGGAUGAUAUACACCGUAGCAUUAAGUAUGAAAUAUGGUGCAGCACCGAGCACGGGAACAAACGUCUCGAUGCCGCGUUUCGGGAACGCGAAAGAGAAGGCGGCGCGGUCUUUCUCUUCUUCUCUGUCAACGGCAGUGGACAUUUCUGCGGUAUGGCGCGCAUGACGAGUGCAGUCGAUUAUAACUCCAACUCUAAUGUGUGGUCGCAGGACAAGUGGAAGGGUCAGUUCCGAGUCAGGUGGAUAUAUGUAAAGGACGUUCCGAAUGUGCAAUUGCGUCAUAUCAAGUUAGAGAAUAAUGAAAACAAGCCAGUGACGAAUUCCCGCGAUACACAGGAAGUGCCACAUGCGAAAGGUCUCCAGGUGCUACGGAUUAUGCAUAGUUACUGCCAUUCUACCUCAAUUUUUGACGACUUCAUUCAUUACGAAAGACGUCAAGAAGAGGAAGAUUCGCGUAAAGUGCCUCACCAUCCCCAGGACAAUAACCGCGAGGAUCAUGAGGGUGGACGUGGGUAUCGUAAUUAUCGUGACUAUCGUGAUCACCGUGAGGGUCGCGAGGGGCGUGACGGCCGUGACGGGCGCGAUGGACGGGACGGCCGCGACCAUCGAGACGCGCGGGAUCAUCGCGAUGCACGUGACCCGCGGGAUCAUCGCGAUCCUCGCAACCCGCGCGACUCCCGCGACCACCGCGACGACCGCGACGGCCGCGACAUGCGUGACCAUGACUAUCGUGACCGCGAUUCCAACUAUAGAUCUCACCAUAAGGAUAGAGACGGAUCACGUGGCCGCGGGCGCCCCCGCAACUGAUCGUGUUUGAUGUGUGAGAAAAUUACAAGGACUGGCUUCUCUCCAUAGAUAAAUAGUAUUCUAAACGAUUGGUACCGCAUAAACAUUUCACUUGUAUGUAUGUAGAUAUACAUACAGAAGGAAGAAUCAAUUUGCGACCGAUUGAGCUGUAAUCUGAACAAUUAUAUAUUAAACAUCAUAGAAUAUUGUUGUUUUGAACAGUGCUUUCCUUACGAAAAAAAACUAUCUACAAAUUAAAAUGUGCUAAUAAUAUUUUGUACUGGAAGAACGUUUAAUUACAAACGGUUAGUGGAUAAACAGGACAUUAAUUAAUUGUCAACAAAUUGUCGUGUGUCGUUUACGUAGCAUACGGCUAAAGUGGGAAUUGUGGACUUUAUUUCAAAUUUGUGGACUAAAUCAAUUAUAAAAUAUAGUAAUUUUAUAACUGCAAAAAUUCUGUUGUGAGAGGAGUUGAUCCUUUAAUGAGAGACUGGUGCGGAGUGCGGACAACAUCGAUGUGUACGUCGCUGAGUGUAGUGUUAGAACUAUCCCGCAUUCGUCAGUGUCGGAAAUGUUAUAAAAAUACUAGUAGUUUAUGUCAGUGGAGACUUGUAUAACUUUUAUAUAUUACAUAUAAAUCGUAAUCACAUGAGGUGUGGACAUUUUAUACAACUUUUUUUUUAUUAUUCAAAAGUGAAUGGAUUCUCUCGUGGCAUUGAGAUUGUUUAAACUCCAUGCACCUAAUGAAUGGUGUUGAAACAACAAAUUAUAACCUUAUGAAUUUAUGUAACAAUCAACAAAAUCAUUAUGUCAAAAGUAUAAGA